AUGGGCAUCCCUGGGCUCGCUAGACGUCUAGAGCCAUAUGCAUCUCAAUACUCAGCUGAUCAAUUGGAUGGCUACUCUGCCAUUAUCGACGGCCCAGCGUUGGCAUAUUUUGGGCACAAGCUUGCUGUUACUGCUUCAAAAGAUACAUCCAAACUACCAUCUUACCGGGAAAUCUGCACAGAGGCAAUACGCUGGCUAGAGCAACUCGAGAAGAUCAACGUUAAAGUGUCGACAAUCUUCUUCGAUGGGGCACUGCCAAAGUUGAAGCAAGUCGAGAGGUUGUCAAGACUUGAGCAGAACAACAAACGUGUAUUACAACUGCGAGCCAGCUAUCCCACCGAUUCCUGUCCCAUCCCAAGAACGUUGGCCUCCAUUUUGUACGCUUUCCUGGCGCCCGCCUUGCGAGAAGCCCUAGCCGCAUCCCCAUACGCAGCCAGGACCCGCAUCGUACCUGGAGAAGCCGAUGAUUGGUGUGCACUAUAUGCCAAAGAUGUCGAUCGUUCGGUGGUUUUCACGAGCGAUACCGACCUUGUGCUGUACCACUAUUCAAAGGAGACACUCAUCGUAUUCUUGAAUGAUGUUGAUCUAUCUUCGGGUAUUCGAGCACUCAGCCCCGACCAGAUACGGGGGAAAUUGCAUCUUCAAAGUCUGGUUCCGUUCGCAUAUGCCCUUUGUCAAAGCCCGCAAGAUACCGCGAAUCUUCUGAUCCAAAACGCACGAAAUGUGAAUCUUUCCUCAGAAGGGUUCGUUGAUUUCAACCGACGGUACUCACCGAGCGCCAUAAUAUCUGCCGACCGUAGGAAAGCUUCUUUAGAUGCACUCAGUCUGCAAGACCUGGACGUACGAAUAUCUGAAUAUGUGGAUCAAGCUCUGAGUUCUUCCACAAACCCACUCGUCUACCUGCCUCUGCUCAUGGAAGACCCUGCCCAGGCAUCCGCGUGGAAUAUGGGUCACGAUGUACGCAAACUCGCAUACUCUUUAUUGGCUCCUGCGGGAACACUUGUUCAUGAGUAUAGAAGGAAGUCUCAGGGUGUGUCUUCUCAAGAGAUCCAACCCUUAAGUAAAGCAGAAACUGUAAGCGCUACUGUGCACUUGGAACAGCAAAUAAGUGGGUUGAUACUCUGGGCAAACAGCAAGCGCAUCGAACCUGAGCUUCUUUGGCCUUUAUUCGGACUUAGUCUGGUACUUUCGGAUUUGAACACUGCACCAGCAAUCUCCCUGGUUUUGCGGGUCCUUAACGCUGACUUCGACAACACAUGGGCAUUCGUACAACUCACAGCUCGGAUUCAGGCUGCGAUGUACUCUCUGCGUGUGCUCAAACAGAUUGUCAACGUAAAGCUCACACAACAAAUAUCAAGGGAUGCCGAGCUCAACGGUAGCCUUGACGAGAUCAACAGGCACAUGAGCCUCUUUCCGUCCAUAGGCGACAUGUUUACCGUACCAGGUCAGACGAAGAAGAUACUCGCCGAGAAUGAUAGUUUAAGAGCGAUUGUCGAGGAGAUAUAUGCAUCAGCUGGUACGGAAGCGCCUUCGGAGCAAGUAUCGAACAAGAAGAAGAAAAGACAGGCUAGAGAGGCGGAUCGGAAGAAGAGAAAAGCUGGGAUGAGGCAGAUGGCUGCUUCCUAG